AUGUCGAAGUGGUCAAAGCUGCAGCUUCCAAGUGACAGCCCUGCCCCGCCACUUCUCUACAAGUACCUUACCAGCAAAUUAGGUUGUGAGAUAUACGUGACAGACCUGGCCCAUGUGUGGUCCCAGAGCCUGAGCCGCAAAGAUAUCCUUAAAAACGCAUCCAAAUAUAACACGAGCAUUGACCCCGGCGAAGAUGAAGAACAGUAUUUUGUUUUCCUACAGAAAAUUUCUGACGCCUUACGAGGGUCGGAGGGCAACUCGUUAUUAUUAACAAGUGACCCAGGAGGCGAAAAGCUAAAACUCCUCACAUCAACAAAGCUACCAACUCCGUUAGUCCCUCUAGAGUGGACGUUUACCCUCUCGCAACAGCCACCAAAUGCGUUGGCUAAACACAUCCUACUUCCAAUUUUAAAGGGGGAGGCGAACCAUGAGGCUCGUAUCUUGUCCUUGAUAGGGCAUGUCAAGCAAAAGGAUUGGACUCUCAACAAAUUAUUUGACAAAAUAGAAUCUUCUGGCGUCGACUUGAGCAUGGUGUUUCAUGGCAUGGGAGGCGUACGGCUUUCUCGUAAAGAAUCCGUGUAUUCUCAAGCAUCCCAGCUUAUCAAAGGAGUUGCACCAUUCGAUGAAAACUUGUGGAAUAAUGAAUACCAAGCCAAAGAUGCUGACUACAACUUGGGUGUCCAUAUUGCCAACGAGCUGUCGUUCACAUCCUCAUUUGCCGAUCGACAGAUUGACGAUUUUGCUCCCGACAACUGGUGGAACAAGCUAGGCACAGAUUCUUUUGGCAACGCUCGUCAAACAGCCAGAAAGGACAAAGAUCAAAAAAAACCUGUAUCGGAAAUAUCACCGCCUCCAGCAGAGAAGGGUGAGGCUUCGCAUAGUGACGACGAUGAAUUUCAGACUAUGGAAACUCCACCAAGGCUGAGAAGCCCCAGUCGUAGCAAAACCAAACAUGAUAACCUUCACAAGUCUCCCAAGUCUACAGGGAGAAGUCAUGUCGAAUCAGAUCAAGAUUCAGUAGAAGAAAGCCUUGAAACCCCUACGAGCUCUAAAAAUAGGAGUAAACACAAAGCAAACAUUGCUGGCCAUCCCCCCAAAAAGAAAGUACAGGCGUCAAGUUCCGCUGAAACCACUGCUUCUGAAGAAGAUGGAAAUUGCGUUCGCUCAGCAUCAAGGCACAGGUCGAAAUCCAAGGGCCUCGGAAAUAUCGGUGGUAGACAUCCCCCGAGACGGAAACAAUCACUGAUGGAAUUAGCAGGAUCCACACAAUCUGAAGCUGAAUAUGAAGCUCCAACCAACCCAAAAACAAUCUCAAAAACCAAGGGAAGUCUUUGGGCCAUCGGCGGGAAGAAAAAGACGCAGAGACCAUUUCAGGAAAGUCCGAUCGGAUCUACGGCAUCUGAUAUUUCUGAUGCCCCAGGAACAACGCCAAAUUCAAAUCCAACGAAGCAAGCUGUCGACAACGACACGCCCACAGAAUCGGAAAAUGAAGGCGACCAAUCUGCUUCGCGACCAGUUCAACAUACACUACCAGAGCCCAGCGUACCGACAUCCUCCCCACCGUUAAAGCCACAAUCUAGAUCCCGUGGCAUAGGGCCAAUUGGUCAGAUAGGUGGUAAGAAGAAACAGCCCGAACCCAGCUCACCUUCAAGUGAACCUAAAACUGCUAAACCAAGACAUCCCAACCACGAUCAUGAUGGGAACGGUGACGAAAGGGAAACACCACCAGAGUUCCUCCCCGGCCCCGCAAAACUUAAACACCAAGGUGGCAGGCUGGGGAUGAUUGGCGGCCGUGGGGCGCCCGCUGCAUCAAACUCACGUAAGGAACGAUCGCAAAGCCAGGAGGUGCCAGAGUUGUCACCGCCCCCUAAACCUGCAAUGACUCCAGGAGAUUCAGAACAACCACGAGCAGAGCUGGGAGAGAAAAAGGUGGAAGCUAAACAGGAAAUAAAAGACGAAACUCCGGAGGAGCGAGCAAACCGGAAACGAGAGGAGUUGAGGAAACAGCUGGAAGCGAGAAAUAAAAGUGGAGGUACUGGGCCUGGUGUCGGUGGACCAGCGAAGAAGAGGAGGCGGUUUUAA